AUGCUCCCUGCGCUCAUCGUGUUUGACUUGGAUGCCUGUCUGUGGACACCUGAGAUGUACGAGCUGACGACCUCUCCCUCUGCAUACUGCAGCAAGAGGGGCGGCGUGAUAGCAGGCAGGGACACGGUAUCUCUCUUCCCUGGUGCACAGUCGGUUCUUCAAAGACUUUGUACGGAUGCGACCCUAUCCGGAAUCCAGAUAGCUGUUGCAUCAUCAACAACAGAACCUGCAUUUGCAAACAAGUGCCUCGACGAGUUUCCACUGCUUCCUGGCAAAGUCGAGAAGGUCGCUGAUUUGGUGAAGUUUCGGCAGAUAUAUCCUGGCAGCAAAGGAGCACAGCAUUUUCCAAAGCUGAAAGAUGAGUCUGGGCUGUCCUACGAAAACAUGAUUUUCUUCGAUGAUUGUACCUAUAGUGACAACUGUGCCGAUGUGGCAUCACGCUGCCCUGGCGUGCUCUGUGUGCGGACUCCUCGGGGCCUGACAGAGGAAGAUUUCGAUCUGGCUUUGGCAGCGUUUGCUUCCGGCAAGAAGGGUGUCAUCAAAUGA